AAGAAAAGAAGUGGCUUAUUAAAAUAAGGUUAUAAUCAGAUUUUGGCCAACCAUUUUGCAAGGUUACCCGCAUUAUCACGGACAUGAAACACACAGGUCAUUAUCUGUAUCUUGCCUUUCUGAUGACAACAGUUUUUUCUUUGUCUCCUGGAACAAGAACAAACUAUACCCAUCUGGGGGCUAACAACACUACUGUUCGGGUUCCAGAUAUUCAAAAUAAGAUAGGCAGAAAUCAAAAUGAAAACAGUAACACAAACUCUACAACUCCUAAAGUAGAUAAAAGGAGCAAUUCUACAAACAUGCCUGAAAUGGCAGCAUCGCCUCACAUCACAUCUUUCACCCCUAAAUCUGAACUGGAGCUUUAUACACCUUCGGUUGCUAGGAACAGUGCUCCGACAUUACAGAGCAUCGAAAACACAAGCAAAAGUCACAGUGAAAUUUUCAAAAAAGAAGUCUGUGAGGAAAACAACAACAAAAUGGCUAUGCUGGUUUGCUUAAUUAUAAUUGCAGUGCUUUUUCUUAUCUGCACCCUUCUAUUUCUAUCCACGGUAAUUCUGGCAAACAAAGUCUCAUCUCUCAGACGAUCAAAACAAGCAGGCAAGCGCCAGCCUCGAAGCAAUGGCGAUUUUCUGGCAAGCAGCGGUCUAUGGCCUGCUGAAUCAGACACUUGGAACAGAGCAAAACAGCUCACAGGGCCCAACCUAAUGAUGCAAUCUGCUGGAGUGCUCACAGCUACAAGGGAAAAAAAAGAUGAAGAAGGAACUGGAAAACUCACUAACUAACAGAUGCUUUAGUGAAGAAAAAUGCAAAGUAGCAAUGGGAAAUGUUAGGAAGUAAAAAUGAAAUCAGUUUGAUAUUUAAUGUCAACAUGUUGGUCUGAUGGUCUAAAAUUUUACACUACAGGCCUUGCAAUUCAGAAUUAAGCAGGUGAGAAGGGGAGAAGUAUGCCUGCUUACUUAAUUACUUAAACUGUGUUCUUCUGUCCUGACACUGAAUAUUUUAAAAAGCAAAUAAUAAAACAACCAAAAAUGUAAGGAAGAUUUUAAAGAGAAACUGAAGAAACUAAUAGAAGUAGAAGUUGACAAUUAAAUAUUUCUUGUUCAGCAAAAGUAGUUAGAUGAUCUUUGAAUAUAAGUAAACUUUGAAUAGUUUUACUGUGUCCUUAGAGGCAAAUAUAUGCUUCAACAUCUAAUAGAAUUCAAAUUCCUAACUGUAUAGUUUAAUGGUACCUUCUUUGCUAAAUGUGACAAAAUCCAUACCAGCUCUUAAAUCAACACAGCUAAUUUUGUGCUAGAUGUUUUCAUCUUUAUAUAUGACACACAUAAAGAAAAUGUUUUUCUACUAUAAAUAUUUAAUUAAAACUUUUAAUUUUGUAUAAUAAAUUAAGACUUUGUUAGAAUAAAACUGACUAUGUAUAUUUGCAUUCACUUUACUAUCUGAGAGAACACAUGUAAAGCACAAUUGAAACAGAUGAGAUUAUGGCCACAAUAGAAGACUCCCUAUAAAUGUAAAGCAUAUCUUACUGCUUAAGUGUAACAUAUCUCUAUC